GGGAUUCUGGGUAAUGUCAGUAUGGAGAUCAUCUACCUGCUGGCUGGAGAGGUGAGGGAUUCUGGGUAAUGUCAGUAUGGAGAUCAUUUACCUGCUGACUGGAGAGGUGAGGGAUUCUGGGUAAUGUCAGUAUGGAGAUCAUCUACCUGCUGACUGGAGAGGUGAGGGAUUCUGGGUAAUGUCAGCAUGGAGAUCAUCUACCUGCUGACUGGAGAGGUGAGGGAUUCUGGGUAAUGUCAUUAUGGAGAUCAUCUACCUGCUGACUGGAGAGGUGAGGGAUUCUGGGUAAUGUCAGUCUGGAGAUCAUCUGCCUGCUGACUGGAGAGGUGAGGGAUUCUGGGUAAUGUCAGUCUGGAGAUCAUCUGCCUGCUGACUGGAGAGGUGAGGGAUUCUGGGUAAUGUCAGUAUGGAGAUCAGCUACCUGCUGACUGGAGAGGUGAGGGAUUCUGGGUAAUGUCAUUAUGGAGAUCAUCUACCUGCUGACUGGAGAGGUGAGGGAUUCUGGGUAAUGUCAGUAUGGAGAUCAUCUACCUGCUGACUGGAGAGGUGAGGGAUUCUGGGUAAUGUCACCAUGGAGAUCAUCUACCUGCUGGCUGGAGAGGUGAGGGAUUCUGGGUAAUGUCAGCAUGGAGAUCAUCUACCUGCUGGCUGGAGAGGUGAGGGAUUCUGGGUAAUGUCAGCAUGGAGAUCAUCUACCUGCUGACUGGAGAGGUGAGGGAUUCUGGGUAAUGUCAGUAUGGAGAUCAUCUACCUGCUGACUGGAGAGGUGAGGGAUUCUGGGUAAUGUCACCAUGGAGAUCAUCUACCUGCUGGCUGGAGAGGUGAGGGAUUCUGGGUAAUGUCACCAUGGAGAUCAUCUACCUACUGGCUGGAGAGGUGAGGGAUUCUGGGUAAUGUCAGUAUGGAGAUCAUCUACCUGCUGACUGGAGAGGUGAGGGAUUCUGGGUAAUGUCAGUAUGGAGAUCAUCUACCUGCUGACUGGAGAGGUGAGGGAUUCUGGGUAAUGUCAUUAUGGAGAUCAUCUACCUGCUGCCUGGAGAGGUGAGGGAUUCUGGGUAAUGUCAUUAUGGAGAUCAUCUACCUGCUGACUGGAGAGGUGAGGGAUUCUGGGUAAUGUCAAUAUGGAGAUCAUCUACCUGCUGGCUGGAGAGGUGAGGGAUUCUGGGUAAUGUCAGUCUGGAGAUCAUCUACCUGCUGACUGGAGAGGUGAGGGAUUCUGGGUAAUGUCAUUAUGGAGAUCAUCUACCUGCUGGCUGGAGAGGUGAGGGAUUCUGGGUAAUGUCAUUAUGGAGAUCAUCUACCUGAUGACUGGAGAGGUGAGGGAUUCUGGGUAAUGUCAGUAUGGAGAUCAUCUACCUGCUGACUGGAGAGGUGAGGGAUUCUGGGUAAUGUCAGUAUGGAGAUCAUCUACCUGCUGACUGGAGAGGUGAGGGAUUCUGGGUAAUGUCAUUAUGGAGAUCAUCUACCUGCUGGCUGGAGAGGUGAGGGAUUCUCGGUAAUGUCAGUAUGGAGAUCAUCUACCUGCUGACAGGAGAGGUGAGAGAUUCUGGGUAAUAUCAGUCUGGAGAUCAUCUACCUGCUGACAGGAGAGGUGAGAGAUUCUGGGUAAUAUCAGUCUGGAGAUCAUCUACCUGCUGACUGGAGAGGUGAGGGAUUCUGGGUAAUGUCAGUAUGGAGAUCAUCUACCUGCUGACUGGAGAGGUGAGGGAUUCUGGGUAAUGUCAGUAUGGAGAUCAUCUACCUGCUGGCUGGAGAGGUGAGGGAUUCUGGGUAAUGUCAGUAUGGAGAUCAUCUACCUGCUGGCUGGAGAGGUGAGGGAUUCUGGGUAAUGUCAGUAUGGAGAUCAUCUACCUGCUGACUGGAGAGGUGAGAGAUGUUUAGAAGUUUGCAUAAUUCCCUAGCACUAUCUAGUAAUAUUUUAACAUUAAGAUGUUUUCAUAUUCUUAAAUCAUUUGGAAAGCUUAAAUUGAGGCCCAAGGUAUUUAUAAAAUUUGGUUGACAAAAGCAGCUAACUAAUUGAUGGACUUUACCCAAAGAAAAUAGAAAGUAUUUUUUUUUCUCCCAAGUGAUUUGUGUUAUUGUCUCACAAUGUAGCAUUAUGUCCUUGUCAAGAAAUUCAGUGACCGUAUCACACAGAACAGCAUUCCAUGUGUAUCCGAAGAAUCCUGCAGGACCCAGCUCCCCAACACGGUGCCCCCACCUCGCUCCCUGAUCCAUGAGAGAAACCAUGAUCAGAAGAUCCUGGAACUGACCAAUCAGAUCAUUGAGCUGCUGACCAGAGAGGUGAGGCUGCUGGGAAUGGGACAUUAUAUAGUAUAACCAAGGGAUGUGUCUGGAUGGUGACUGUGUCAUUGUGUGUAUCAGGUUCCUAUAAGGUGUGAGGAUGUCACUGUCUAUUUCUCCAUGCAGGAGUGGGACUAUAUAGACGGACAGACGGAUGUGAUGAUGGAGAAUCGGCAGAAAUGUAUCUCUCUUGGUAAUUGCAUGUUUUAAAUAGGAAACACAAUCACUUCAACAAAUAUCUGCUACAAAUGUGUAGUGGGCAUUCAUGUCUCGCAGACACACACAUUUUUGUCACAUUAUUGUGACCAUAUUUUGUUAUCCAAAUUCUACACAAAAAAAAUUUCUGUAUGUCAUCAAUAAGUACUAAAGCAAUUUGCUGUACAGAUGUAAUAUGCCUAAUUGACACUUUCAGUCUACAUGUGGCUGCCUUGCCAAUUAUUCAAGGAAUGAUAAAUUCCCUCUCCUUCCAAAUUAUUAUUAUUAUUGUUAUUAGUAACAGCAUUUUCUGCAGUGCAGUUAUACAGUGUGGGUUUUUCACAACCAGCAAUUGGCAGAAAAAGUUAUGUUGCCAGAUAUAGGGGGUGAGGAAGGUCCUGCUCAAAUGAGCUAUUAACAUGUUGUUCAUUUUAUGGAAUGUGUGAUCGACUCAUACAUACAAAGUUAGAUAAAAAUAACAAAUGUAAUAAUAGAUUCAACUGGUUAUUUUUAUAGUCUAAUUGUGAACAACUCAUUAAUGGGACACUAUAGGCACCCAGGCCACUUCCAGUAAAAUGCCUACAUGCACAUUAGGCGCCCCUGUCAGGUGACAUCGGAGGAGGUGGAGCGCCGACCCAGCACCAAAGGACAUUGGUGCUGGAAUCGGGUAAGUGACUAAAUGUUGUUGUUUUUUUAACCCUUUACAUGCCAGAUAAAGAAGGUAUGAGGAAGGGAGGAACUAGAUGACUUGAUACAUGUUUGUAUUCCUAAGACUACAGAUUACCUGUGACCAAACCCCUGUUUUGUCGAUAUACGUGCCCUUUUUUCCAUAUGCCGUUCGUGCAUUUAGCCCUAUUUAUCCCUUUUAUUUUACCGAAUAAACAAACAGCCAGACCACACGCAAUGGGAGUGUGCAGCCUGUGAACCUCCCAGAAGCUGUGGUUAACCGCAACUAAUCGACGAAUGGCUGGGUGGUCACGUUUGUAUGAACGAAGACACGGCGGCGGCCAUCUUAAACUGUCGAACGCCCAGCAGUGUUUGGUCGUCGACUGCAUGGAAUUGUUUUCAGUCACUGUUUCAUACGAACACCGCUUGGAUCUCCAAACUUCCAUCUCUUCGUUUCAGUUCAUACAAACGCCACACCGUUCGGUAACUUAAUAACUCACAAACUAGACCGACCCUGAUAGCAAAAAGCCAUGGAACUAAUUCUGAACAGAUUUAUGCCGAACGGUCUGUGAAAAUCCUUUAACCAUUUAAUUCGACUGUGUUCAGGGGAUCUGAGUGCUGUUCGGAAAUAUUGAGCGCUCUGAUCCAAGCUAUCUCGGGAUAUGUCUAAUGUGGGGGUCCAGUUAGGUGAAAUAUGAGUUAUGUAUAUCUUUUUUUAAAUUUUUAUUUAUUUAUUUUUUCAUCUUGACAAAAGUAGCAAUAUAACAUUCCCAACAUGGCUUGUGCAAAAGCCCAUUAAUUUGUAACACAUAUAAACAAUGUCAGACUUAUGAAAAACUUAUGCAUUACAUCUUGUACAUUGGGGUUUAGCUUUUCCAGCUACUUGUCAAGGGUUUUUUCGUUUAGCAAUAACAUUGGUAUUGUGUGAUCGUCUCGUCCCAGGUGUUACAUUUUCGUAAAACACAAUAGUGGUGUAUAGCUUUGUGGGAUUUUUCAUCCUUUGUGUAAUCCCGUUACUCUGUGUCCCGGUUUAAUAGGACGAGUUCUGGUCCCAACAAGCUAACAGUGGUUAGCGUGCACUAUACCUAACUCUAACGGUAAUUAACAUACAGCCUUCUGAGUCAAGUAACAUACAAUAUUUUAAGGUAGUGGUUUUGGUCGGGAGGGAACUCUGUCUCUCGUCCCUUGUGGUGUGACCCUGGACCCGCCAGGGGUUAUCUAAUUCGCUAGAAAGCAGGGUUCGGUUCCCAGGUUCCCCUCCGAUAUUGUGAAUGAAAGAGAGAAAAGGAGGGGGAUGGUGGGGGGGGGGUGGGAGGAGGGAGGGGUAAGGUAUGUGUAUACGUCAGUUCAGCGUGUUGUGGGGCUCUGCGGUUUAAGUCCGUCUCUUCUGGGGUCCCAAUCUAGAACCUUCCCUAGCCUCAGGGGGGUUGAUGACUUAUGUGUUUUUUUACAUUUAUAACUUGGAAAUAUUUUCUGUACCUGGAGAUAAUUGUUUACUACGGCCACUUAACUCCAUUAUCUCCAGGAUAGAGAGGAGGGAUUUUUACGGUUUCUGUACUUUGAUUGGCUACUGCAAAUUGUGUUCCAGUCCUCCACAAGGUCCAUGUGGGAGUAUCCCUUGCUGGAGGACUUGCAUAAAAGGCCAAGGUGUGGCCAUCAUUAAACAGAUCGUUUUACCCCUUCAUGAAGUCUUGGCUAAUGUUUGUGCAGGAUUGGGAGCUAUAAUUCACUACACCUUCUGCUACACUUGGAUUUCGGGAGAUUCUGCACGGACAUACUCAGCUUGAGUAUAGGGGAUCCAUUACAUUCCCAUUAAACAAUAGGCACAUAAACAUAGUUUGAUUCGUUGACAUGACAGAUUAGUAAUAAUACAUUAUAUGCCCUGUAACAGAACUCCCUGUACUCCGACCGAGUACCUUCCGUUGAUGGACGCUUCCUAGCUUGCGUCGAGGACCACAAGCACUGCAUCGGACACCACAACCACCGCAGACUCCACAUCCGCCAUAGCUUAACUCGAGUCUCGCCGUCUUCCACCCUGGAUCAGCCUCUGUCCUCCAGGACCGUGUGGGAAAGACCUCUUCCUUCCACCCUGUAUGAACCUCCAGCAUCCAGGACUGUGUGGGGAAGACCUCUCCUCCAGGAGAGUGUAUCAGGAACAGCUCUUAGAAGAGCUAAGUGAUUAAAAGCUCAAGGGAGUAUGCAGAGCAUAGCAAUCCCCAGUGUAAUAUAGCAGUUCCCUCCAGUCACGAGACAAGACUACGUUUUAAGGGUCAAGAAGAUCUGUUUUACUUGGCACCAAAGGGCCUUCUUUUAUGCAGGUUUUACAGAUACAGUACCGCCCACAGGAUUUUGUAAAAUAACCAAUAAAGCACGUAACAUACAGUAAAAUCACACCCAUUCACUCCCACAUAAUCCUCCACACUGCAUGUGAUAUAAUUACUGCACACAAUGGGUUAAUGUAAAAAUACUUUUUACACAUACACUGUAACUUUAAAAAUAUACAUCCAAUCGUCACAAAAACAUUUUCAGAACUAGCAUACUAUAAAUAUAAACAUAACCAAAAUUCAGUCAAAUCCGUCCAGUACUUAAAAAGUUAGCUGGAAGUCCUUCAUGACCGACCUCAGGCACUUUUUCAUGCCCAAAACAGUUCCAUGGAUUUGGGCUGUGUUUGGUAUAAAAUCAGCUAUACACGAAACCCUCUUUGUUAGAUGGAUAUUUUGUCGGAGCCACACCCUCUUUGAUAGACAGGAUCCUGGGAAUCAAUCAAGAAGACAAGAGACGUGUUCAAUAACCAAUUCAAAUUUUAUUCAUACGUCAGCUAUGUUUAUACCCCGUUUUCAUGUCGGUAGGGGCCAUGCAUUAAUGACAUUGUUUUUCACAAGUUAUGAACAGCUGUUUCUAGUUAUAAUUCUGCGUUAUAUAACGUAUCCAUAUUGGAUAAAAAAAACAGAUGUUUACAAAUACUGAAAUCUUGGACAAUUAACAAAAACAUCUCAAAAUCAUUGUCCAAGAAAAUUUCCCAUAAAUAGGAUUUUAGAUACAUUUUAUUUCCGAGAAUCGGAGAUACAAUUCCAAAUUUAUUCUUGGUUCAAAUUAACCCUUAUAUGAACAGCUAGGAUAUUAAGCAAAAUGGAUAUUCGUAUCCUACAGGCUGUGCAGUCGGUCUAUUUUACACUGAAAAAAGUCCCAUUCGAACGAGCUUUCUUCCAAUGGGACUUAGUCUCCAGCCGCAGUGUCUAAGUGCAGGAGAAGGUAGAGGUCAGCGGUGUUCGUUGAAAUGUGUAGCCGAUUUCAGUUCCAUGGAUUUGGCUACACAUACCACUGACCUCGUUCGAAUGAACAAAGAUGGCCGCCGCCACAUGUUCGUUUGCACGAAUGGCGGCCCCCCAGCGGUCGGCAAUUUACCUACAGCAGCCUCCCAGCCUGGGAGGUAAAUUGCCUGCACACUUCCACUUCUGGGUGGCCCGCCUGUGUGGUACUUGGUUCAGUAAGCCCCAUUAACUGAACCAAGUGUAAAUAAGCCAUGAAUAAAGUACUUUAACCAAGUCUGGGGACACAGGCUUAAAGGGGCAGUCCCAAACACGUGUGGGGACACAGUCUUAAAGGGGCAUUGUCCCAAUUUUCCCCAUGUCCCAAAAAUGUGCUUAAAGGGCCAUACACCCCAGGACCAUAGUCACAGGGGAGGAGGCUGGCAAGCAAGCCUCUCCAGGACCAAGUGGCGAAGGGUACUUCGUCAAAUGCCCUGUAACGGAGCUCCCUGUACCCCUGUUCCUAGCUGGAACAGGGGACAAACUGCAGUACUUCUGCCCACAGUCGCCAUGGCUUGACUGGGGCCCUGGAACCGCUCCUUCCUGGAGUCGAAUGGGGAGUUAGCGCUAGACACCCCCAGGCACUGGACGAAACUCAGUCCUGGGAGUGCUAGUCCUUACAAGGACUUUCCCUGUUGAAUCUCCUGCAAGCUGGAACAGCAGACACAGAAGUAAAUCUUCUUUCCCUCCAAUAGCAGGACGACACACAGUUUUGGAGUAUAAGCUGGAAUAGAAUUUUAAUGGUGCCACACUGGGCUUUUAUGCAAGUUUCCCAACAAGGGUGACACCCAGGUGGACCUUGUUGGGCACAGGGAGUCAUACAGUGAAACACUCCCAUACACAAACCAUAGAAUCCCUCCUCUGUGCUUGGGAGAUAAUUGAAUCGGGAACUGUACUAAUUUAGCCCAAUUAUCUCCAAGCACAGAAAAACAUAAAAUUUUAUGAAACCCCAAAAAGUACCUUAAAACCACAUAAAACCCCAUAAAAGUUACAUCCCCUGAUAGUCCCGAUCUGGGUGAACAACAAAUCCAAAAAUCACCCAGUUCGGUUCAGGAAUUUCCUGGAAGUCAUUUAUUUGACUGACCGCAAGUAUGGCCCUAUGGCCCAAACAGUUCCAGAGAAUCAGGGCUUGCGGUCGGUCUAGUUCGGUUGUUUAAAAAUGAACAAACUACCAAACAGAGUCAAUAGUCUUACCUGGAGUUUGUUCCCUUCAUCCAGACGAAUGAUCUCACCGAACAGUGCACUUCUAACUUGUAUAAAACUGAACGCAGGUGAUGAUGGAAGUCCAGUGGUGUUCGGGAGUUUCUGUAUCCAAUUUCAGUUCCAUGAGAUUCAUGCCCAAACACCGCUGCCUGUGAACAAGAUGGCCACCACCUUGUGGUUGUCCAUAGGAAUUGCGGCCACCCAGAUGAACAAUUGGAACACUGCUGUGAAAAACGUUCCAAGUAGUAAAUAAGUGUUAAGCUCCAGGCUGGUCUCUGUUCAUGCGGUUGUUCGGUAAACGAACCAUAUAAUCCCAAUUGCACGAACAGAGACCUUUACAUUAUUUUUCAACAUGGUCCAUAGUCUGUGGGCAGGCUCCCGAAAUCCGAGUAAAUAUGAAGGUGUUGUGAAAUCUAGCUCCCAAUCCCCCAAGCAUGAGCCAAGACUUCAUGAAGGAGUAAAACGAUUUGUUUAUUGAUGGCCACAGCUCUGCCUUUUAUGCAGGUCAUCCAACAAGGGUUACUUCCACUUGUGGAAGACUGUGACAAAAAAUACAGAGACCAAUCAAUUUACAGCAAAAUAUAACACACUCCCACAUGAACAGGAAAAUCCUUCCUCUCUAGCCUGGAGAUAAUUGGGUUAAGUGUCCUGAGCAAACUUAAUUAUCUCCAGGUAGAGAGAAUAUUUCUAUUUUACAAUAGUAACAUAAAUGCAUUAGAAUGUAUAACUUUAUGUUUCCUGAAUGGAACCCCCUCAUUCGACAUAUCCCCAUAUAGCUUGGGUCUGAGCACUCAAUAUAGUCAAACAGCGCUCAGAUCACACGAACACAGUCAAAUCGCCAUGGAGCUAAAGAGUUCUGUUCUCCAACAGUUCGUGUGAAAUAUGACCAGCAAUAGCUCCAUGGAUUGAGCCAUCUGGGGUCGGUCUCUUUCGUGGGUUAAAUAUACCGAACAGCACGGCGUUCAUAUAAUUAGAAGCGAACGAGAUGGAAGUGAGCUGGUCCCAGCGGUGUUCGUGGGAAAUUGUGGCUGAAAAUAGUUCCUCGCGGUUGACGACCAAACAACGCUGGUCGUUCGACAAUUUAAAAUGGCUGCUGCCACAUGUUCGUUCAAACAAACGGCGACAACACAGCCGUUCGACAAAUAUUUGUGGUUAACCGCAGCUCUGGGCGGUUAAUGAGCUGCACACUCCCAGUGUGGGUGACCAGGCUGUUCGACCAUUCCUUCGACCAUUUUCAGUGUUUAUGGCAGUUUGUGCCACCUGUGGCACUAUGAUGGUCAAACAUUUAAUUCCUUGUUAACUCUGAAUCCAAUUAUAGAUAUAGUAACAACACCUCUUAUUUUACACUUGAGUCUGAGAGAUUUGUAUCUUGAUUGUUCUUGUCAGAGCCUCUUUUUGAUUGUGUUAAAUUGAUCCUGAUGUGAGAAGUUUACUUAUUGGUUUGUUGUUUAUAUAAUUAUCACAUACGACAAGCUAUGAUGUAAGGCUUACUUUUCACUACUUCCUGAUCUGCCCUGAACACCGUAUCUACGGUAAAAUGUUACGUAGUUGUGGAGUUUAAUGAACAAGUUCCAAUCUUGAUGUGUCUAUAUAUAAUAUACACAAUUUCAUGUUGUGCACAUGCUUUCAGAUAUAACUAUGUUUUUCAUGCAUAAAACACUUGUUUCCAACAGAUUCACCUGAAUUCAAAAAUGUAUCAGCGGCAUUUCAAGCAGUCGAUUCUGUAAAGGACACAAAUACUGCCACCCAUGACAAGGGGAAAUUAUGGUGUGUUGAAGAGCAUCAAGAAAACCCUAACAUUCCAACAUUCACAUCGCAUAGACAGACAGAAGAUAGAUUGUCUCCUAUUGAGAAGUUUUCAUCCUCAAUUAUUCUUCCACCCACAGAACAUCCACAGACAGAAUAUCCAUCAAAUAUUAAGGAUGAAUCAACCUCCUGUAAAGAAGGAAAUCUCACAGACAUUUCUACAACAACAGAACAAAGACAGACAGAACAUACAUGUACUAUUAAGGAAGAAUCAGCCUCAUGUGGAGAAGGACAUCUCACAGAUUCUGACAUUCAUUUAAUCAAAGAACAUGCGCAGACCGUAUGUACGGCUCCCAACAUUGAAGAAGGAACUUCAACCUCAUGUGAAGAAGGGAAUCUGACAGAAUAUAACCAUCGUGUCUCAGCUUAUAUUAGAGAACAUAAUAAAACCUCUAGCCUCAAAACAAAUGAUAUCUCUCCUCAGAAAGCAUGCACCACUAAGACUUACAGUUGCUCCGAAUGUGAGGAAUACUUCACUAACAGUUCGGAUCUGAUCCAACAUGAGACUAUUCACAGAAGAAAGAUGAUAGUGUGUUCAGAUUGUGGGAAACGUUUUCACUUUAAAUCUCAGCUUCUUAGACAUCAAAGAACACACACGGGGGAGAAACCUUUUUCCUGCCCUGAUUGUGACAAAUGUUUCACACAGUAUUCUCAUUUUGUUCUUCAUAAGAGAACACACACAGGAGAGAAACCAUUUCUCUGCUCUGAAUGCGGGAAAGAUUUUAUUAGCAAUUCACACCUUGUUAGACAUAAGAGGACUCACACUGGAGAAAAGCCCUUUGAGUGUUCUUAUUGCAGAAAAUGCUUUAAUAAUAAAGCAAAUCUUGUUAAACAUUAUCAGAUUCAUACAGGGGAGAAACCCUUUUCAUGUUAUGAAUGUUCAAGAUGUUUCACGCAAAAAUCAGAUCUUAUUAAUCACCUUCGAAUUCACACUGGGGAGAAACCUUAUUCCUGUUCUCUUUGCGGCAAAUGUUUUGGACGUAAGACUACUCUUUAUAGGCAUCUGAGAAUUCAUGUAGGUGCAAAAGCAAUAUCUUUUAUUUGACAUUUGAAUAUGUAUUAUUCUUCUCACCAGUGGAUACAUAAGGAACAUUGCAGAGAUAAAUAUAUUCUCAUUUUCAUGCGGCUUGAAGAGCAUUUGGUACCUGUGCUGAGUGACAGAACUGUAAUUUUGCCAAAUGUAGACAGCGAGGAUGCAGACUGAAUUAUUAAAGAUGUUAUGACACUAAGCAUCAGUAAAGGUCCCCAAGUAUUGCUAUCCUUGUGCCGUGAGAGAAAAAUAAGGAAUUCUAAUAAAAAUUAUGGGUAUGCAUUAACAACUGGCCAAUUCAUAAUAAUAGUUAUUCCGUUGAUAGUUAUGUUUGUUUUGGGGUUUGUUUAUCUUACAGCAGACCAACAAACAAGCUCUACACAGAGAAAUAUGGAGAUAAAUGGCUUAGCCUGGUACACCCUAUAGAGCAGGAAUGAAUUGCUUUGGAGGGAAACCAUCUCAGACUGUUUAGAGGAGACGAUCCUGUUUCACAGGUGGAAACUCUUCUUACCUGUUAUCUGCCAAGCACCAGCAUGUCCUGCUUUGCUAGCCCUGAUCCUGCUUAAGAGCCUCUAGCUUUCUGUAAAAAAAAAAAAAAAAAAGUAGUGGAGGCUGGGAGGCCACCUGGCAGACCCCAGGUAAGAAGUCAAACCAUUCUAGAAUAGUUUCACUACUUAUAAUUCUGGGCGCCACAGCACUACAGUGUGCUGUAAUGGUUAUUGCGCAUGGAGUGUUCCUUUAGCCUGUGUUAUAAAAAAGGAAAAAUACUCAAAAUUAGCAAACUGUCUGUAAGGAGGCAGAUGUCUGCAAUGAAUGUAGUUUAAUAGAGAGAGUUCUCUGUACAUUAAAGGAUCACUAUCGUGUCAUGAAAAUAAAGCAGUUUUCCUGACACUAUAGUGCCCUGAGGGUGCCCCUACCCUCAGGUUCCCCCUUCAGCAGCUUACCUUAAUCCAGCGCCAGGCUCCCUCGGCGCUGGUGACCUCUCCUCCCCCGUCGGCGUCAGCUUUCCCAUGGACGCUCUGCACGAUGGAUGCAAAAUAUGCCUCCAGCGUCGCAGAUGCGCCUCUAGUGGCUGUCCAGAAGACAGCCACUACAGGCUGGAUUAACCCUGCAAUUUAACAUAGCCGUUUCUCUGAAACAGCUAUGUUUACAUGUGAAGGGUUAAAACCUGACGGAUCUGGCACCCAGACCACUUCAUUAAGCUGGAGUGGUCUGGGUGACUAUAGUGUCACUUUAAUAAUAACAGAUCUGUGAUGUUAAAACAGAUAUAUUAAAAUGGUUAAACCUGAUGUAGGAUGUGUUUUAUGCUCUUUUCAUUGUGUGAAGUUUUAUAUAAAAGGUUUUCGUUUGCUAGCUUUAUUUAUUCUUUAAUCGAGAUACUCAUUUCUAAGUUAUAAGCUAUAGGUUAGUAGGCCACAUGUUAUGUACAGAUUAAACAAGGUUUGGAAAAUGAAAUGGCUGCUGUUGUAUUGAUAUUGGAAUCAGGAAGUAUAAUUACAAACCAUGUUUGCUGGAAACGGUGUUAAUGGGUGUUUGCCUCCAGAGCGAAGCACUAGUUGCAUUAGUUGUUCAUCCUCUUCUUUCAAUAUGAAUCCCUUCUUUUUUGACAAAGGCCCUGGUAUGGUUGUAGCACAUAGACAUAUAUAUCAUUCAAAACAUAGUAUAGAGCCGAUGGGUGGCUUUACCCUAACCACCAUGGCCACUUCUGCUUUUAGAAGUGGUUAUGGUGGUAGGAAUCUGUAUGUGCAGCAUUUCUGCUUGAAACUCUGUACAUACAGAGAUGUGUGAAGUUUUUGUUUCUAGAGCACAAGUGCAAGAGGAAGUCUGAAACACCUUUCACCCUGUUGCAGUCAUUUCCAGUCCUACCUGCCUUCCUCCAUUUCUUAUUACUGCUCCCAGGGUAGCGGUGAGAUCAGACAUGGCGUGGAAGGAGGCAGUCAGUGAAAUAAUGUGGUUAGAAUAAAACGCACAGUGCUCCCAGUCUCCAAAGAAAAGUAUUAAAUAAUAUACAUGCUCACAUGGAAACACACACUUAGACACUAUCUUACACAAUAUCACACCAAAAGGUGGCUCUGGCUGCCCUAAUAAUGAAUCCAGAAAGGAGGCACCAGAAUCAUUCCAGGGCAGAUUCAGUCAGUAAACUAGUGAGGUCAGAAUAAAAAUCAUAGUGAAGCAGCUAUCCAAAUUAAAGACUUAAUCUACUCAGAUUGCAAAGUAUUAAAAACAUACACACACAGACACUCACACACUCUCCCAUUUGCAUGGACACACACAGAAGUUA